CAAAGGCUGAAGCUGCUCCCUUUGCCACAUUAUAACAAGUAGGGGAUCCUCACCGACUAUGGCCACAGCUGCCUCGAAUCCCUACAGCAUUCUCAGUUCCAGCUCCCUUGUGCAUGCGGACUCUGCGAGCAUGCAGCAGGGGAGUCCUUUCCGAAACCCACAGAAACUUCUCCAAAGUGAUUACUUGCAGGGAGUUCCUAGCAAUGGGCAUCCUUUAGGGCAUCACUGGGUGACCAGUCUGAGCGAUGGAGGCCCAUGGUCCUCCACACUAGCCUCCAGUCCCCUGGACCAGCAGGAUGUGAAACCCGGGCGUGAAGAUCUGCAACUGGGCGCGAUCAUCCAUCACCGUUCACCGCACGUCGCUCAUCACUCUCCUCACACAAACCACCCGAAUGCCUGGGGGGCAAGCCCGGGUCCGAACCCGUCCAUCACGUCCAGCGGCCAACCCCUGAACGUGUACUCGCAGUCUGGCUUCACUGUGAGCGGCAUGCUUGAGCAUGGGGGCCUCACCCCACCGCCGGCCUCCGCCUCAGCACAGAGCCUACAUCCAGUGCUCCGGGAGCCCCCAGACCAUAGCGAUCUAGGCUCUCACCACUGCCAAGACCACUCGGAUGAGGAGACACCAACCUCGGAUGAAUUGGAACAGUUCGCCAAACAGUUCAAACAAAGAAGAAUCAAGUUGGGUUUCACGCAGGCCGACGUGGGGUUGGCGCUGGGCACAUUGUAUGGCAACGUGUUUUCACAGACCACCAUCUGCAGAUUCGAGGCCUUGCAACUGAGCUUCAAGAACAUGUGCAAACUAAAGCCUUUGCUAAACAAGUGGCUGGAGGAAGCUGAUUCAUCUACAGGGAGUCCGACUAGCAUUGACAAGAUUGCAGCGCAGGGACGAAAGCGCAAGAAGCGAACCUCCAUUGAGGUGAGUGUCAAGGGCGUUCUGGAGACUCAUUUCCUCAAGUGUCCCAAGCCUGCAGCGCAGGAGAUUUCCUCGCUGGCAGACAGCCUCCAGUUGGAGAAAGAAGUGGUGCGUGUCUGGUUCUGUAAUCGAAGACAGAAAGAAAAAAGAAUGACUCCUCCAGGGGAUCAGCAGCCGCAUGAGGUUUAUUCUCACACGGUGAAAACAGACACGUCCUGCCAUGAUCUCUGA